UAUUCAAAUAUUCGAGUCAAUUCCAGUAAUCACAAGACAAUCAUAUCUAGAUGUUUCCCUAGAAGCCCUAGAAGUAACAGUUAGCUGCGUUCAGCGGUUCCCCCAUGUUGAUUCGAAGCUAGACCAAAAGCGCAAUAGCGCGCAUCUGCACCUCCCAGCGGGCAUGCACGACACCUGUUCAAUCGAACCUCAGCAAAUCCUCGAAUCCCGCGCAGAGCGCACAACCAGCCUCCCCUUCACACAUCCCCGCCAGAACAAUGUGGAGACCGACGCUUCUUCUCGCGGCCGCCGUCCUGGCCGUGCCAGUCCAGGCCCUGCACUUCUUCAUCGACGGCGCAAACCAAAAGUGCUUCUUCGAGGAGCUCCCCAAGGACACCAUGGUAGUCGGUCACUACGACGCCAAAGUCUGGGACGACGCCACAAAAUCCUUCAUCUCAACCUCCGACACAGGCGUCUUCAUCACCGUCGAGGAAACCUUCGACAACUACCACCGCGUCGUCGCCCAGCGCGGCACUAACACAGGCAAAUUCACAUUCAGCGCUGCCGACAGCGGCGAGCACCGUCUCUGCGUCACCCCUCAGAACGUGCCUUCCGGCGGCGGUUGGCUCUCUGGCAGCGGCAUCCACGGCACCGUAAAGUUCACGCUCGAUUUGGCGAUUGGCGAGACGAGCAAGAUCGAGAGCACGGAUAAGGGCAAGAUCGAUGAUCUGGCGCAGAAGAUUAGGGAUUUGAACAGUCGGUUGCAGGAUGUGAGGCGGGAGCAGAUCUUCCAGAGGGAGCGCGAAGCAGAGUUCAGAGACCAGUCGGAAUCCACAAACGCCCGCGUCGUGCGCUGGUCGCUUAUCCAGCUCGUUGUUCUCGCUGUUACGUGCGCGUGGCAACUCACGCACUUGCGCGCCUUUUUCAUCAAGCAGAAACUCACCUAGGCAAUUCGUAAU